AUGUAAAGCUGUGGUAUGAGCCCCCUGUCCCAGCCCUCAUUUACCACCAGACCCCGGCACCCGACAGCUUCUUCACCCAUCGGCUGAUGGUGUGGAUGCCAUACCACCUGUGGAAGGUGAAGGUGUCCUGCCCGGCUUGUGGGAAGCAGCUGACGGGCUAUGGUGUCCACAAGAGGGCUCGAAAGGUCUUAGACAUCGACGGGUAUUACCUGAUGGUGACAGAGACACUCAGGUGCACCGUGUGUUCCCUGAACUAUCUGUCGACCAGUCAGACUGUCCGGGACCAGCUGGACCUGCCCCACCAGAAGCUGUAUGCUUGUGACAUACGUGUCAUUCGGCUGCUUCGGGACCGGACUCUCGGCAACAGUCCAGCACGACUGGCAAAGCAGCUCCGGGAGAACCACGGUGAGAAUUGGCUGAACCGGUUGGCACACUAUGUGGGGGAGUGUGCUAACUUUAUGGAUCAGCCCAGCCUCGUCCCAGUGAUCUGCCAGGAGCCCCCGGAGCCCAUCCACGUCCCCACCAGUCGCUGGCUGCUGACCGUCUACAGCAGGGACAUCCUCUCCCGUCUGGACCACAUUAAGGCCAGCAUCACCUCCACGUUUGGUUCCAUCUUAAAGAUGGAUUCAACCAAAAAGAUUACAAAGAAGCUGGCUGGCCACGGCAGAGGGACAGCUCUCUGGCUGACCUCAAUCAGCAACGAAGUUGGCCAGGUCCUGACCAGUGUCCUGACAAUGCAGGAGGGGCCAGGACUGGACAGGAUGGUGUCUGGAGUGAUGGAGCGGUACCGCCAGGCAUGUGUCCCCCCGCCUGUGCUGCUGUAUGUGGACUGUGGCUGCUGCGUGAGCGAGGGGGAGAGCAAGCUGCAGACCAGGUUUGCACAGUGGCCAGACAUCCACAUAAGACUGGACAUCUGGCAUUUCAUGAGGAGGCUGGCUGUCGGUUGCACCACCGAUGCUCAUCCCCUCUACCCCACCUUCAUGGGCUGCCUGUCUGCAUGUAUCUUUGAGUGGGAUGCAGGGGACCUCAGUCUGUUGCGGCAGGCUAAGAGAGAGCAGCUCAGACAGGAGGGUGUGCCAGCGCUUACUGAUAUCCUGGUGGACAGGAGAAUCACUAAGAAGGAGCUGAGCCAGUACUGCAGAAGGAGGACGCGCGGGGAGAAGGGGACCAUCA